AUUAGGGGGCGUUCAAAGAGGCAUACAUAAAACUUGUAAGCGGGGCUCAAUGUAGCAUAUCUAAUAGCUAGCUAGCCGGCCUGUACUGUACUACUACUGUAGCUAGUCGAGUGUGCAUGUGAUGCAUAUGCUGAACUCUGAUGUGGAGUACUAUAUAUAUGCGUGUAGUAUCUAGAUGUGAAGGUAUAUGAAUCGAACAUGAAGAAACAGCACUGUACAUUGAUAUCAGUAUUGCUCCUGUGUGUGGUGGUCCUCUUAGCUUGGAAGGUCUGGACCACAAUCACCCUGGAAAUAGAGAUCUAUACACAGGUUGAGGCUCAGAUAGCAACAAUUGCUAACACUCUAUCCAAAUGCAAAGCAUUCCAAGAUCGAAACGAUCACUCACAACACAAUUCCGGAUUGAACGGAGAGGGAAUUAAGAGAUGUGUUAUCGGAACAAUUUUAAAGGACAAACAAUGUAUUCCAUGCCCUCGAGGGACGUUCAGUUUACCAGGAUGGAUAGCGUGUGAUAGUCAUCUCACUUGUGAUCAAAUUCAAUACGAUGUUAGUGUCACAAAUCACUUGUUUGUCAUCGGGCAAUGGCAUUACAAGUCAGCUGAGUGGAGUGGUUACCAAGUAAUACAUGCUUCGAUGGAAACGGAACAUAUGUCAUCAAUACAUUUUGAUCCUAAAGUUAUUGGUGACGUCCUGAAAAAUUCAAGCUUUUUACACCCAAUCGGUUUCUGUAUUGAAAGGGGUACAAUUGUGUUUGUACAACCUUCAGUAUCGACAAUUAAAGGUCGUGCAAUUGAAUUAGAGGCAAUGAUGAUUCGCAAUUCCAAGUGUGACAGUUGGAUAGUUCGAUUUAAACUAGCUAUUGACUUUGUAAGGACAUUAUCGCAGCUGCAUUCAACCCCUGGUGGUCCUGUGGUCUUAUGCAACAGUCUUAGCUUGGAGCAAACUCUCAGACAGUUGGCAAUAACUGAAUAUUGGGAGCUCACUCUAGGAGCUUUCGAUAAUUUGCAACAGAGGAAGAACGGUUCUCUCAUAAAAUGCAGCGACAAAGAAAUGAAAGGAGAUUUUGUAGCUCCUGAACAAAGAUGGCCAUAUCGUGAAACAAAAGUGUUCAAUAUCCAGCAGCAACCAGGCUAUACUGAAGCUUCUGAUGUGUGGAAAAUUCCCGACAUUACUGAAACUCUUCUGGGCAACUCCAAAAAUGCACGUAAAGUUUUAGACUACUUGUCUCUGACACACUUUUUAUGCAAGAGUGAAGACGUGAGAUCAAUUAGUGCUGCUGAGGUGUUGCAACAGUAUGUAGAAGUCUGGAAACUGUUGGUGUAUUAUUAGCUAGAAUCAUUCUAAAAUCAAAUUUUAUUCCCUGUCUAAUUAUUCUUGCGUUUCA